AUGGCUCCAGCAGCAUCCGCCGGUGGCAAGAAGCAGAAGAAGAAGUGGUCCAAGGGCAAGGUCAAGGACAAGGCCCAGCACGCCGUCGUCCUCGACAAGACCACCUCCGAGAAGCUCUACAAGGAUGUCCAGUCCUACCGCCUCAUCACUGUCGCUACCCUCGUCGACCGUUUGAAGAUCAACGGCAGCUUGGCCCGCAGGGCCCUUGCUGACCUCGAAGAGAAGGGUCAGAUCAAGAAGGUUGUUGGACACAGCAGCUUGAACAUCUACACCCGCGCCGUCACCGCCGAGGAGUAA